AUGGCCAUCCUCGACAAGGAUAAUCGUCCGCGAGGACUGCGAGUUCCGUCUCUCUCCGCGUUCAAAUCAAGAAAAGCCGUCGAUUCCGAUUCAUCUUCUCCUUCUCCUCCAGCUCCUCCAACUCCUGUGGUUCCUCCCCCUGCUGCUACCGCUGCUCCGGCGCCUGCCCCUGUUACCUCUCCUCACUACCCUGUCCGCACUGACUCGGCCCCGAGUCGCCCUCCCAGGCCGCAACAUGACAGAGAACUGCCGCCGAGUCCGCUAUCUUCUCUCCCCGCCGCGCCGGGCCCUCUAGGACCAGAAGAGAUCCAUCCGGCAUUCCGAAACGAGAUCGCAGCCGUGCGAAGCCAUCAAUACGGACCCAUUCCCAACGGAAACACUCAUAACAGGCCACUUCCGGCCUCGCUCUCCUCGCAACGGACCCCCUCCAGCGAGGAAUCCGUCCAACCCGACGCAGGCGAUCCCCUCGAGGACUUCAUCCCGGAUCCCGAGCCCGAACCGGAGCCGCUCGACUCCGAGUCCUGCGAGGAGAAUAAUGGCCCCUUCACCCCGCCGGAAAUCGAGCCCGUCAUCGUGCCGCUGAACAAGCUGCAUUUCGCCUGCUACCAGGAGCACCAGAAAAUGCUCCCCGCCAACAACGUCUGGUACUCGCUUCCGUGCAUGACCUGUCAGAAGUUUGACCGCGAGAUGCGCUACCGGUGUGUCUUCUGCUGUCUGCGCAUCUGCGCCGCCUGCCACCAGGGUCUGCAGAAGUGUCCGAAUCGCUCGCUGGCAGAGUUUAUGAGUUCGAUGCCGGGGAAUCCUUGA